UCUCCUCCUGUGGUCAUCAGGACGGGUCAGAGCUCUCUGGCGGUCCUGAACCAGAACUCUCCUCACCCUCUGGUGUCCUCAGACCACAACCAAGGUCCAAACCAUGUCCCAUCACCAGACCGCUCCUCCUCGCCGCUCCCAGACCCCGGCAUCAGCCUCAGGUCGCGACCCCCGUCCACCAUCGAAUUGUCUCCAGCUCCCGUCCCGAACCCUUAUCCCACCUCCGCCCUGGCCACGCCCCCGUCCCGCCAGGUCUCCGUCAUCAUCCCGUCCCCGGACCUGCGCCCGUCUCCUCUCCCGCCUCCGGGCCCCGAGGACGCCGAGCCGGACCUGGAGUGCUCCAUCUGCUUCAGCCAGUUCAACAACAUCUUCCGCUGUCCCAAGAUGCUUCAGUGCAAGCACACCUUCUGCCUGGAGUGCCUGGCGCGCAUCAACGUCAAGUCGGCCGAGCCCGACGCCAUCCAGUGCCCGCUGUGCCGCAGCUUCACGCCGCUGCCCGCCCUCGGCCUGCCCCGCCUCGCCACCAACUCGGACAUGCUGUCGUACCUGCCGGCCGCCAUGCAGCGAGUCUACAGCAUCCGCUUCCUGCGCAGCAAAGGCAAGCUGCAGGUCAAAAGGUCAUCCGAAGGUCGCCAGCGGUGGGGUCAGAGGUCGCUGACGUCCCUGCAGUCGGUGAACCGCUCUCUGGAUGUGGGGCUCCCCAGCCCGCCCGUGGGGGGCCACGCUGAGAGGAGCGGAGUGGGCGGAGCUCUGUUCAGACUGACGGGCCGGCCGGCGUGCCGCGCCUUCCUCCUGACGUCCGUGGUGAUGAUGAUGGUGCUGCUGACGGGCAUCAUCAUCUUCCUCCUCACCUUCAGAAACGAGGACAGUAAGUGACGGCGCAUUGCAUCACAUCCUGUUUCAUUUCUGUGGAGGAAAAACAAACAUUGAACGGUAAGAUUUCAGCGUCAACGAGCAGCAGCUGCUGAGUCAGAAAACAGCUGAUCCACAUGUGCAAUAAAAUCUCUGAAAACACAGAGAGACGCCGACGCUCACACCUGAGCUGAGCGCAGAGAGGCGGCGACUUUAAUCUGCUUCUUUUCUGCCAAAAGCUUCAGAUCACGCAAACAGAUCUAUGAACCUGAGCGGCGGCGGACUUUAAUCUGCGUUACAGAACUCAUCUUGUGCCAAAAUCUUUAGAGCAUCAGCGAGCUGGAGCAGGAAACACGACAACUUUCUGCAUCAAGUCACGAAACACGAAAACUGAGGCAGUGAGUCGGUGGAUGGUCCCUCGUUUGGAGAAGCAGACCGCGGUCCGACAGUCUGAGCCAACCCAAUAUUCAGAAAACUAUGUUUACAAUUCUUAUUAUUAUAAAUUUGAAAUUAUGUUACAUUAAAAUAUAUAUUUUUUUAGCACUUUGAGGACAUUUUCUG